AUCACACGCAUUCUUCUCGUUCCAAAACGCGGCGAAUCGCAUCGUUUUGUUCAUCUUCGACUUCUUCUAGGGUUUUCUCAAAUCGUUUACUGCGUUGCGUUUCUUGCUUCGUUGUUCCCUGAAUUUCGUAAUCGUUUUCAGGCAUAAUUUUCGAUCUGUGUUUGAAGAGUUUAUCUGAGGAAGAACGUUCUUUUUUUCUUCUCUUGUAACAAACUUUAUCAAUUCAGGAUUGAAUGAUCUAAUGGAGUCAAAAGGAGGCAAGAAGAAGUCUAGUAGUAGUAAAUCAUUAUUCUACGAAGCUCCCCUCGGUUACAGCAUUGAAGACAUUCGUCCAAACGGUGGAAUCAAGAAGUUCAGAUCUGCUGCUUACUCUAACUGCGCUCGCAAGCCAUCUAUGGCUACUGCAACAUCUGCAAUUGGUUUCGAAGGCUUUGAAAAGAGGUUAGAGGUAGCCUUUUUCUGCCCAGGAGUCUUCUCUGACCCUGAGGGAAAGGGCCUUAGGUCUCUAACGAAGUCCCAGUUGGAUGAGAUCUUAGCACCGGCUGCGUGCACCAUUGUUUCCUCAUUGUCUAAUGAUGAAGUUGACUCAUAUGUUCUCUCUGAGUCAAGCCUAUUUGUCUAUCCAUACAAGAUCAUCAUCAAAACCUGUGGCACUACCAAAUUGCUGCUUUCAAUUCCACCCAUUUUGAAGUUCGCUGAGAUGCUUUCCCUUAACGUUCAGUCUGUAAGGUACAGCCGCGGAAGUUUUAUUUUUCCAUCUGCUCAGCCCUUUCCCCAUCGGAACUUUUCCGAGGAAGUAGCAGUCUUGGAUUCCUACUUUGGGAAGCUUGGCUUAGGAAGUAUGGCUUACACUAUGGGUGGCUCGGACAAAGCACACAAUUGGCAUGUAUACUCUGCUUCAGCAGAGCCUGUCCGAGUGUCGGACUCUGUUUAUACUAUGGAGAUGUGCAUGACUGGUUUGGACAGAGAGAAAGCAUCAGUUUUCUACAAAGAACAAUCUGAUUCAGCAGCCACGAUGACUGCCAAUUCCGGUAUUAGGAGUAUCCUUCCGGAAUCUCAGAUAUGCGAUUUUGAUUUCGAACCUUGUGGCUAUUCAAUGAACUCUGUAGAAGGAGCUGCUGUUUCUACAAUUCAUGUUACUCCGGAAGAUGGUUUCAGCUAUGCCAGUUUUGAAGCAUGCGGAUAUAACUUGGAAUCGCUGAAUCUCAACCAGUUGGUCGAGAACGUUCUGACAUGCUUCCAUCCAAGUGAGUUUCUGAUUGCUGUUCAUGUGGAUGUUGCUACCCAUACAUUUAAGCAGAGUUGUUCUUUGGAUGUGGAUGGAUACUGCCGCAAAGAGAGGUGCUACCAAGGGCUGGGAAGAGGUGGUUCUGUUCUCUACCAGAAAUUUGUUAAGACUCCUGGCUGUGGCUCACCUAGAACCCCUCUGAAACUCUGGAAAGAUGAAGAAGAAGAAGUGUAGUUCUGCAAAUUAGUGUCUUAAAUGUUGUGUGUUUUAGUUCAAGUGAAAAAAUAAAUAAAUGCUUGCCUUUCAGGCUGCAUGUGCAUGUUUGUGGUCUUUAUUUGGGGGCAGUGCUUAAUGCUUCUAUGCUUGGAGUUGUUUGUGUUUUACCUUGCAUCUUUCUUAUCUUUGUUCGAGUAUUGAAUUUGAAUAAUGGGAGUGUUAUGGAUUGAACACUUCUUUGGACAA